AAUCUCGUGGUAGACAGUAGAAGCAUGGGUGAUAGAACCUAAAGAGAGAGAAAUGGUAAAAAGUAAAAAUCGUCUGUCCCUACUCACGCCAACAGCAUUAUCUUCUUAUAUGAGAGCAAAUGACAUUGUCCGGCCUCUUUGUGACAGUUUAAGCUUCUCUGUUGUGAGAUGGCCAUGGUUGAAAACGGGUAUGUCGUGGACGGCGCCGCUCUGGUGGCCCCAGUGACAUGCCUAGAGUUCGUGGGAGAGGAGUAUCUGCUGACAGGUGAAGGACCAGCGCUUUCUGUGUACAGUCUUCAUGGUCAACCCAAACUGUGUGCAUCACAGAGUGUUCUACAUAACUACCGUAUCCAUGGAGUGAGACUUCGACCACUGGCGGAUGGUGGGGUCGAGGAGCAGGAUGACGGUGCCCCACCAGGAGGUGCUGAGCUCGCUGUGUUUGGAGGCAAGGGCCUGCGGCUCGUCACUCUGACAGGACAGGGUGCCGUCCAGCUGAGCGGCCCGCUGAUGGAGCUUCAAGACUGGCUGCUGGACGUGCGCUGGCUGGACGAGCGCUCCGGCGCUUUACUGGGCGCCGUCCUGGCCCAUAACACCGCACUGCUGCUGGAGCCCAGGACUGGCCACGUGGUGUGCCUACGCUCCUGCCAAGAGGUGUGUCUCCUCUACUCGGGCCUCCUGAUUGGUUCUCUCUGGGACUCUGCCGUUCUGGUUGGUGGAACUGUCUUCAACCAGCUGGUGCUAUGGAGGCCGGGGAGGGGCGGUCGGGAGCAGGCGGCCCCCGUGGAGAGGCGUCUCCCGGGCCACAGCGGCGUGAUCUUCAGCCUGGACUACCAGCCCCACACCGGGCUGCUGGCCUCGGCCUCCGAUGACCGGAGCGUGCGCGUGUGGAGCGUGGGGGCGCUGGGAGGGCCGGGAGCGUGCGGGGAGCAGGAGCCAGCGUGCCAACGCGUGCUCUACGGGCACCAGGCGCGGGUGUUCUGUGUGCGGCUGGCGCGGGGCACGGGGGUGUUCAGCGCCGGGGAGGACGGCGCCUGUCUCAUGUGGGGCGGAGGCGGCCGCGUGGAGCGGACCUUCAAGGGGCACCGGGCGGGCGGGGUCAGGGCACUGGCCGUCAGCGAGGAGCGGCGCUGGCUGGCCACGGGGGGAGCGGACGGAGGGGUCAGACUCUGGAGAGUGAGGGAGGCGGAGAAGGAGCAGCGAAAAGGUGGAGAAGAGGAGGAGGAGGAGGAGGAGGAGGAGGGUGUGGUUGAUCUGGAGUUCAGUGGGGACGGCGCUCCUAAGGAGGUGUGUCUGGUGGAAGGCGCUAGCGUGCUGGUGUGUACUGAUCGUGGGAAGGUGUACCUGAGGGAGGGACAGCGCUGGAGGUGUGUGUGGGAGGGUGCCCCGGAGUUCCAGUCCUACUGCGUGAUGGAGGUGGUGUGUGUGCGUGAGGGAGUGUGUGUGUGUGCAGUGGGGAAUCUGAGCGGAGGAGUGUGUGUGUUCCCGCUUUCGCACCCCGACAGGGCCGUGGUGCUGAGAGCCGGCGAGGGGAAGGUGCACUCUCUGCAGUGGGUGUGGCCCGGACAGGGUCAAGACGCGUUCCUAUUGGCCUCUGGGGCGGAGGGGCGUGUCUACCGAUGGCUGAUUGGAGUAGAUGCGGGUGAAGUGGGCGUCGCCCUGCGUUCCAGGCCGCUCCGGCCUUUCUCGCUGCCGCCGCGUGCCAAGCGCUGGCUCACGUGUGCCCUAACACUGCCUCACACACACGCCCGCACGCAGGGCACACUCUGGCUGUGUGGAGACCGGAGAGGCUCACUCCUGCUCUACAGGGAAAAGGAGCUGAGGAGAGAGAGACCAGCAGUGGAGGAGAGCAGUGGGCCAGAGGGAGACCAGAGCCAGGGCUUGGCUGGCGAGCCAAAUGGAGAUGCCCAGGAAGAGAGGGGGGAAGUGGGGGAGAGAGGCCAGGACGCUGGGCCUCAGGCCCUGGAGCCAGCGUGUGUGCUGUUCGGGGUGCACGGGAAGCAGGGCGUGACCAGCGUGUGCGAGCGCGACGGGCUCUGCUACAGCACCGGCCGCGACGGCUUCGUGAGGGUGCUGGUCGUCCGCGGCGACGCGCUGACGGUGCAGAGGGCCCAGCGGGCGGCCAAAGGGAUGGAGUGGCUGGAGAGGGUCGUCUUCCUGCAGGACCGCACGCCGGACAGGGACCGCAGCGGAGAGGUGGAGGAGGGAGAAGGAGGGAUGGAGAGAGGGAGUGGAGGGAGAGGUGGAGGGCAGCAGACGGAGGUCAGGGUGCCGGCGGAGGCGAGGUUCGCCCUGGUGGGCUUCCGCUCGGUGAGCUUCGUGGUGUGGGACCCGGCGCGGCAGGAGACGCUGCUGUCCGUCCCGUGCGGAGGCGGCCAUCGCUCCUGGGGCUACGGAGCGCCCGCUCCCCUCCUCUCCGACCGCUGCCUGGGCGCAGGGCAGCUGGCGUUCAUCAAGCAGGGGGCCGUCCUGGCGCACUACCCGCCCACCCACAGCCGGAGCGUGGCCAUGACCAGCGGGCAGGCCCUGCGCGAGGGCAUCCACGGGCGCGGCGUGGGCUGCCUGUGUCGGCUGGGCAGUUUGGGUCACUGGGAGGUGCUGGUGACCGGCGGCGAGGACACCAGCGUGAAAGUGCUGGCGGUCAGCUCCGAGACGGGCACGACGCGGCUACUGAGCGGCAUCACCGACCACAUCUCCAGCGUGCGCGCCCUCGCUGCCCUCCGUAGAGACCCGCCGCGCUCCUCCUCCGCCCUCUCCGCCCUGCUCUUCUCCGCGGGGGGGCGGGCGCAGCUGCAGUGCUACAGGCUCCUGAUUGGCUGGGAGGGAGACGCCGGCCAGCCUACCUGUCAGGUCAGCCAGAUAGCCGGUCACCGGUUGGAUGAACAGUGGGAGCGGAAGAGGAAUCGACACAAGACGGUGAAAAUGGACCCUGAGACCAGGUACAUGUGCAUGGCUGUGGUGCAUGAUGGGCCAGACCGAGUCCUCCUGGCCCUCGCCUGCAGCGAUGGAGCACUGAGGUUAUUUGGUGUGUCCGAGCACGCCGGCACGGCCGAGUUGCUGUGGGAGUGUUUUUACCACCAGCGGUGUGUUCUCAGUCUCGCUGCGCUCCACCUGCUGAGCCCUCAAGGCCAACGGUGUGUAGUGGUGCUGAGUGCGGCUACUGAUGGUCAGGUGUGUGUGUGGGACUGGACCUCCGUGUUGGCGCUGGACGAGGGGCAGAACUGGCAAGGUCCCACAGAGCCCUGCUUCGCUGUGCCCGUUCACCAGAGCGGCGUUAACGGUUUGUGUGUGUGGGAGGAGCCGGAGGCGGGAUCGCGAGACGGUCGGCUCCUCUCAGUGGCCAGCGGCGGCGAUGACGGACAGCUCUGCGUGCUCCUGCUCAGAGCCACGUUUCCUCCGCGUCCACCGGAGGGCGCCGCCGCGUUCGCCCUGGAGCUGCUCUCCCGCUGGUCCGAGCCGCUGGCCCACGCCGCGCCCCUCACCGCCCUGCGCGUCAUCGACCGCUCGCUGAUCGUGUCCACCUCCUCCGACCAGCGAGUGUGUGUGUGGAGCGUGUGCGAGGGGAGCUCCGGCCUCCGCCCGGCGGGCACGGCGUUCACACACACGGCCGACGUGUCCGGUCUGGAGGUGUGGCGGCGCGGACGGGGCGGAGCUCGGGCGGCGGUAUGCGGUCAGGGCCUGCAGCUGCUGACCAUCACGCCCAGAGAAGGAGACGGGGACGGACAGACGGACACAGACUCAGGGAAACUACAGGAACGCCUGAAAGUGACCUUCAGCAGAAGUGGCCCCUCAGAACGGACUUGCAGAGAAUAGUUAUGCCGUCUGUCAGAGGAGAGUGAGGACAGUGUGUCGAGAGAGACUUUGGCAUGAUUGCUGGACAAUCGUGAUUAUUAUUUUUUUUUAAUUGGCUAAUUUAAAAACAUGUUUUAAAACUCUAAUAAAAAUCUUUAUC